AUGAAGAAGCAUGCGGUUGCACCUUCCGUGAAGAAGAAAAGAAAACGCUCUUGUUCCAUAUCUCAGAUCUCCGAUCUCGAAACCCUAUUCGCCUUAUUACUCGCAUCCCUCUCAAACCAACCCCAAGCCACUCUCCCCUUCAUCAACAAAUGCUUAUUCAUAUUUCGCAAUUCUCUUCUCCUCUCCAAAUCCUCCGUCACACCCAUCCUCGCCUUACUUCCAUCUCUCCUCUCUUCCACACACUCCAAAAUCGCAAUCCGCGCCGCUAAUGUCGUUGGCGCCGCCUCGCUCGCUUCCCUCGAACUCAAUGAGGAAAUCGCUACCGAUUCGGAAACAGUUAGGGGAUUAAUCUCUCUGUUGGAGAGUUCCGAUAGAGAUCUUUUGUUCUCUGCUUGUAAUGCUGUAUUGGAUUUGUCUAUCACCACCUUUGCUCAACAACAGCUUAUCACUUUCUCUGCAUUACACAAACUGAUGUUUGUGUUUCUUCAGAUUUUUAAGCGCCUGGAAUCUGUCUGUUUAUGGUCCGAUAGAAAUGAAAGUUUUCAGUCUCUUAAGAUUGGGUUUAGGGAGGAUGAACUAUCAAUGGCUUUACUCAGUGCAAUUACUGUUCUUAUCAAUGCUUGUGAUCUUAAGCAACUACACAAUAUCCCCAAAAGCCUUUCUGAAGCAAUCCUGAGCCUUCUAAAAGAGAUAAGGGCAAAUGCUAGUCAUAAUUUGUUAAUCAAAGGUGCUGUAAAAUCUAAUGAUGAAGUACAUGUUUGUAAGAGUCACAUUGGAGUUAGUGAUCUUGCCGAAAGCAUCUUUAGGGUUUCCAUUUAUGCUUCACAACUUACUGUCUCUUUGCCAUUUGAAGUGGUUCAAAGAGGUCUUUUUGGUACAAGUGAUACUAGUUUUGAAGAUUUUAUGUCAAAUUAUUGGGAAUUUUCGCCUUUUCUUCUAACCAGAACAUUGGAGGAUCUCAAAGUGAAUGAUAUGUUUAACCCAUUUAUACAAUCUUUGAACUGGAAUGGGAGUGUUCCUUCCCUCCUUCAUUCAACUCUACAAGGUCUUGUGUCUUGUUUUCCUAUUGCUUCAGAGGAGCAAAAUAUCCUCAAUUUUCUGAAUGAGGUGAAAGAUAGAAUUGGCUGUCCUAUAAUCUACCAGCAGGAUAUCCGAGUUGUAAAAACUGAGAGCCAAUCGAGAAAAGAGACUCAUUACUUUCAGGAACCUCUGUGUUUAACUACUGAAGAUGUCUUAAAGUGUGAGCAAGCUUAUAAAGAGGGUUAUACUGUUGCUCUGCGUGGUCUGGAGUUUCGGUAUCGGAGUAUUGCUGCUAUUGCCGAUGCAUUAGCACUUAUGUUUGGCCAACCUUCAGUAGGUGCCAAUUUGUACUUAACACCAUCUAAUUCUCAGGGUUUGGCCCGUCACUUUGAUGAUCACUGUGUAUUUGUCUGCCAAAUUUUUGGCUCGAAGAAGUGGACAGUAUAUUCUCGACCUGGUCAGCUAUUACCCCGCUUAUAUGAUAAUCUCUGUGGUUCUGAUGUUGACUGUACAAAAGCUGGUAGAAGUGAGUUCUUCCUCAGGGAGGGCGAUGUUUUGUAUAUUCCCAGAGGUUUUCCACAUGAGGCCUAUACAAAUUAUGGUGUUGAUAAUGGUUCUCCUGGAUUUUCGUUGCACCUUACGCUCAGUAUUGAGGUUGAACCUCCUUUUGAGUGGGAAGGAGUAGUUCAUUUUACUCUUCAUUGCUGGAGUGAAAACUGGAAAAGACCAUGUUGUGAUGCCACCAACUAUCUGUCCCAAAAACUUGUUCUCAUCUCUGUGAAUCUUUUACAUGUUGCCAUUGGGAUUAUUAGCACUUCUGAUCCUAGUUUCCGGAAAGCAUACUUGUCUGCUGCAGAUUCCUUGCCGUCGGAUGUUUAUAAUAGACUUACUGAAAAUCAGAGAAAAAAUUUUCUCGACUUGAUCGAUAAAAUACGUAAUGAAUGUAAAUUCUCGGAAGUGCUGAGCAACAUAGAGGUUGCAAUUCAGAAAAAUAAAGAUCCAUUUGAUCAAAUCCAAUGGCUUUGGGUUCUUAGUAUGGAAAAAGAGGCCAACAAUGGAUACAUGGAUAGAUCUUUCAUUAUUGAAGAUCUACGCUCGUUGUGUGCCAAACACAAGGACAAGUUAGAGGCUGCUUUUCUGAAAGUUAAGUCUAGGUUUUGUAGUGAGGUGGUAUUUGACGAUAUUGUAACUAGUCACAGGAUGCUUCUUCAGAAGUAUAAAAAAACAAGAAGGCAAUAUGUAAAUGGAAUGAUUUCACUUCAUGAUAAGUUAUAA